AGCCACCGUGUAGACGAUAAUAGUCAGUGCAGAAACACUAUUGGAUCUCGAUUCAGAAUCACAAAAUGAUCAUGUUGCAAGUUUUUUUACUCACGCUGGUGGCGAUGGCGGUCACGGCAUGGCCCUCGUUCUUGGGACACGAAGGCCACGGUCUUGGGACAGAUGAGCCAAAACUCAUCUCGCAAUCCGUACACUUGAAAGAGGUACCGACCAAGGUGAUCAAGGUCACCAAGACAAUAGCCAUCAAGGUCCCUGUGCCGUAUCCCGUUAAGGUACCUCAUCACAUCCCAUUUCCGGUACCGGUGAAACAUCCCGUAGCGAUUCGAGUACCGCAGAUAGUGAAAGUGCCGCAGCACGUGCCAAUACCAGUGGAGAAGCCGGUCCCAGUGGAACUGCAUCAGCAGGUGCCAUUCUUGAUAUCUAAACCGGUGCCUGUGCCGCAUCCAGUUCCUGUACCGCAUCCAAUUACUUUGACAAAGCCGAUCUUCAUCCCGGUGCCGAGGGCGGUUCCAAUUCCACAAUCGAGUCACCAUGAAGGUGACAUUUCCUCUGAAUCUGGAGGCGGAGGUAAUCACGUCAGCGAGACGAACAACUACAGUACUUAUACAUCUCAAGGCCGCGGAACCUACGAUCAGCAAAGCGGCGAUCAACAGGCCCAGUUUCAGUCAUCCCAGCCCGACUACUCGGCGGAUCAUUAGCUUGCGAAAUGCUACAGGACAACUGAUUAUGACAGCGUGCGAGGUCCGCGCGGCUAAAAGAAAAAGUAAAUCGUGAAGUAAAUCAUUGGCGUAUGAUAUAUGCGAGUUCCUUUGAAAGCGGUUUAUGCGAAAGGGUUUCGAUAAGUAAAGUAUGAGUACUAAAUGAUGAUGCCCUUUAUUGGAAACUUGAUUCAUUCCACUUUCAAAGUCGCUCGCUCGAUACACGAAUACAAAGUGGUAUUUCCCAAACUUACAGUGACUAACGUACCACCUUUGAAGUAUUAGAUUUAUAGAAGGAGAAGAGAGAAGAAUCGGAUCAGAAGUUACUUUCAUGCUCAUUCAAAAUGCAUAAAAAAGGGUUUAUAAUAAUUUUGACAUUGAUUGUAAAAGUUUAGAACUUUUAUUUUCUGUUAUUUGGGAAAAAUUAGAUAUUCGUGUAUGUUUAUAUGGGAUACAAUUUGUUAAUUACAUUGAUAAAGGAAGAAUGUCUCUUCAAUAUCAAACAUUUAUAGUGACAUAGAAAAUUUCCAAAUGUAAAACGUAUUCUACGGUUAGGUAAUUGGCCUCUGCCAAAUUCAGUUUUCUUUUUUACGAUGUAACGUUUGGAUGUGGUAAUUGAAACAGAAACCUUGAACAUAAAUUGAUCACGAAUUUUGCAAUCUUUC